AUGGCCCGUGGCAGCUGGGAGAGCUGGGGAAGUUGGCUGAAGAUUGCAGCGGUGAUGGUAUUGCUGUCUCCACCCACCUGCUGCUCCAACAUCCUAGUGGUGCCAGUGGACGGCAGCCACUGGCUCAACAUGCGAGUGCUGCUGGAGGAGCUGCAUGCCCGGGGACACAACAUCAGUGUGCUGCGCUCGUCCUCCAGCCAGUACAUCGCUGAGGAGCCCUCACUCUACCACUGCUUCACCAUGUCCCUGCAUGGCAAGCUGGGCAUCACAGAGGACCAAGAGAUGUUGUCGCAGUUCCUGCUGGAAUCGCUGGAGAUCCUGCGCGGGGGGCUGACCCUGACUGCCUUCGUGCGCAACACCCAGAUCAUCCGCAAGAUGCUGUGGGAGACUCACCACAAGCAGCGGGAGUUCAUCCGGCUCCUGUUUGAGGACGGCGCGCUGAUGGAGAAGCUGCAAGGAGCCGGGUUCGCCCUGGUGCUGACCGAUCCCUUCUUCCCGGCCGGUGUGAUGCUGGCCCACCACUUGCAGCUGCCUCUGGUCUGCCACACCCGCUGGCUGUCCUUCGGUGACGGCCACUAUUUGAUCGCGCCAUCGCCCCCCUCCUACGUGCCCGUGGUGGGCUCGCGCUACACCGCCAACAUGUCCUUCCUGCAGCGACUGGCCAACGCCAUGCACUACAUCAUCACUGUCAAGCUGGGCAGCGCCAUGAUACACCCCAGCUACGACGAGCUGUGCCACCGGUUCCUGGGGCCGGGCACCGACAUCGAGAGCCUGACGCAGCGCGCCGACCUGUGGCUGAUGAAGGUGGACUUUGUCUUUGAGUUCCCGCGGCCCACCAUGCCCAAUGUGGUCUACAUUGGGGGGAUGCAGUGCCACCCAGCCCGGCCUCUGCCGCCAGACCUGGAAGAGUUCGCUCGGGGCUCUGGGGAGCACGGAGUGGUCUUCAUGUCACUGGGCACCCUGGUGACACAGAUCCCCGCCGAGCUGGUAGAAACCAUCGCCGAGGCUUUCGCCCAGCUGCCCCAGAGGGUGAUCUGGAAGUACCAGGGCGACAGGCCGGCAAACCUGGGCAACAACACCCUCCUGGUGCGCUGGGCGCCGCAGAAUGACGUCCUCGGGGACCCCCGGACCCGGGCCUUCAUCUCCCACGGCGGCACCAACAGCAUCUACGAGGCCAUCUACCACGGGGUGCCGGUGCUGGGCCUGCCCCUGAUCUUCGACCAGUACGACAACCUGGUCCGGCUGGAGAGCCGGGGUGCUUCCCUGACCCUGGACGUGGGCCGCCUGGACUCCCGGCAGCUGCUGGAAGGCCUGAGGGAGGUCCUGAGCCAGCCCUCUUACCGGGAGGCCAUGGCCCGGCUCUCGGCCCUGCACCGCGACCAGCCGCAGACCCCGUUGCAACGCGCUGCCUUCUGGGUGGAGUUUGUCCUGCGGCACGGCGGAGCUACCCACCUGCGGACCACCUCCUCCGGCCUGCCCUGGUACGCCUACUACAGCCUGGACGUGGCACUGUGCCUGGGCGUGGUUGUGGCGUCCCUCACCGGGCUGGCCCUCCUGGCCAUAAGGAGGCUGUACCGAGCCCUGAGGAGGGUGAAGCAGAAACAGUCCUAA